UGCAUGAUUGCCUAUCUGUGUGCAUGUAGGUAACGUGGCGCCGAUCUGCUUCAUUUAUCUACUGCAUUUGCUUUUAGUUUUUAGUGCGGUUACGCCACGCCGCUCCCAUACAAACAACGGCGUAUGAGCGGAGUAAUUAUAGGGAUGAAACACCGUUUCAGAUCGAGCGGGAUCGUGUCGGAAAUAACGUAGAAUAUCGGUCAACACAGACUCGACUCACAUCAUGGACUCUGAAUUAAUUGCAGCACUAUCGCACCGGCCGCGGCGCGCGCGGACGCCUCGUUCGAUUUUCGAACGAAACCCCGCGAACGGGAAGGCGGGAAACAUUUUGAAAUUGUUUAUGGAUUAAUUUUUUUCAAUAAUACUCGUUUUGUUUUUAAAUUUUGUCGGUUGUUAAAAAGUUUUGUGAUAAAUAGUAAUUAAAUUUAAAUGUUAAAAAUUGUGCCAAUCUUCAGUGUUUUCGAGAUAAAACUUGUGCAAAAAUAACUAAUCAGUAAGGUUAAAGAUCUCCGCUGUUUCGUUCGGACCGAUAACGGGUGCAAAUGUCUCAAAAGACAGAGCUGCUCGUAACUGCGAGCGAAGCACACGGUUACUGGAAAUAAGUAAACAAACAGUGAAUCAUUAAGCGGUUAUCAAUGCAGGAUGGCGUGUCAGGCCGCGAGUUGGAUUCCGAACGCCGUCGCGACAAUACUGCGGGCCGACAGCACGGCACAGCCAAUAAUCGCUUGGCUAACAACUAUACGCGAUUCCACGGAAGAAUACGAUCCUUUAGUGACAGUGAAAACGGAUUUAUCGGACUCUGAAGACUCGGAGUCCACCACAACUACAACACCGGAUAGCGCAUUUGAUGAAAUACUCUCGCAGUUAGGAAAAGAGAUUUAUAAAUUAGACGAAUAUCAGAAGAUCUUAGGUCCAGAGGAACAGGAAGUAUCAUUGAGCAUUUUAAAUAUCUUCGACGAGUGUUUGGAGGGAUUCGAAAACGGUUUCGAAGUGAAAGAAGUAGGAAACAGUUUUGAAGUGACUCCGGUACAAAUAUGUGGGCCGAGUGAAAACUGUGAUGUUACAGUGAAAGAAAACGGUGUGGCCAAGGCCAAGGCAAACGGCGACGAGUGUAGCGAUUGUGAAUCGACUUUAUCUGACGUCUCUUUCGUUACUAGCACGCCGGCUAAGUGUGAGAAAGUGAAUGUUGUAAACACUAUUUUUUACCAAGGUGAAGGCACGCCGGUCCCGCCGAGGCGGUCUAGGUUAAAAACGCCAUCGUCUAGUUCAUCUUGUUACGACAAUAUGGAAUUAAAGACUAGUGUAAACAAUGGGGUUAAGCGAGAUAGCGACAGCGAUUCAGAGAGUACAUGUUGGAGUUAUAAAGAAUGUAGCGACGCUGACGAUUCUAAAGACAGGUACGCGACAGUCUGGUCCCAGUCCACUGGGUUCCACAAUUCCGAUGAGAUUUUACGAAGGGUGUUAUCGCAGAACCACGCGACUAUAUCGCGAUUGUCUUUCGAUACGGCCAGUGACUUCACGCCGACGCAAUACUCGGUGUACGCGCUGCACGAGGUGGGAGACAGGUGCGCAGUCGACGCCAUGACGCCGGACAAGCCUGACGACGGCGGCUACGAGCCGGUCCGCGACGCGAUCACCACCGACGAGAACAUUUACGAGGAGAUCGAGUACGGAUACAGUUUUACGGACGAGGGGUGCUCUUGUGGCGGCAGUGUUGAAGUAGAGAGUUGUUCCAUCAGUGCGAGCUCCGAAGGAGUCGGUAGAGACAGUCCUGUGUACGCAAAUUUAACAGACAACGAUGCAUAUGCGGUCACCGCAGACGUCCUUUACUGGAGAAACGUUUUGCUACUGGACCCAUAUUACAACGAAGACGAAGAAGAUGAGUGGAUCAGCCCAGAGAAAUCCGUGGAGUAUUCUCGAGAGAUUCGACCACCAUUGGUCAUCCCUCGCAUCACGCAGUAUCGUGCGCCGAGGAGAGAUACUCGCACCAUCGCCUCUAACUAUGAGGAGUGCACCGAAUCCAAGCCAGUGACAGUGAAGUCGUCAGUGCGUCAGUAUGAGCGUCUGCAAGACUGGAACUUCGAGCCGCGGCGGAUGGACGACCGUUACGGCGUCGCCGGCAGCCCGCCGUUCCAGAGGCUACAUAAAAAGAUGAGCGGCUCCUCCGAGAAUCUCCUAGCUGCUCGUCGCCCAGUCCACUUGCCGCUCCCCGCCUCCUCAGCUUCCUCGGGAGAUAGCCUGGACGUGGAGGUCAGGGGAGGCUCCGGCUACGGAAGGUCCAGGAAGUCCAAGAGCCUGGUGCCUUCGAAGAGGGGUCUGCGGUCCCCGGUGCCGGCGCCGAGGACGGUGCUGCCGGACAGCAUGAUGAUUAAUGAUGGGUUCACCGUAAUCCACGAAGGGCCGGUGAAGCGCACGAAAUACUUCGAGGGCGGCAAGAAGAGUAAGAAAAACUGGGUGGACUGCUACAUGGUGCUCACGCCGUCGGCGCUGCUCAGUUACAAGGAUCUCAGGACGUAUCAGGCUUCAAUGUUGAAGCCUCCUGGCACACCGCCGAGCCCGACCGCGCCGCGUCCGGAGCUCAUCCUCCCCCUCAAGAACGCACACGUCAUACAAUGCGUCCAGACGCAGACCAGAAGGUACACAAAAUCAAUCGAGUUGACGGUCAGCCACGACCGCUUCCUCCUCCAAGACGACAGCGAAGAAGGCGCCAAACGGUGGCUCAGAGAGAUACAGAACGUCAUAUACAAACUUGGCCCACCUACCGACGACAACCUGUCAAUCAUGAACCAAAGCAGCAACACGGACCUCGAGAGCCUGGGCCGCACGCCACCGGCAUCGAGACACUCCAACAGGAGCAAACAGAAAGCCGGCGGUAGCAGUAACGAAGAUCUCAGCGAUUGCACAGAGCCACCGAAUAAAAGUCACGUCAGAAGCAGACUUAAGAAGUUCUUUCUCAAACGCCCGUCCAUGGAGCAACUUGUCAAAAAAGGGAUCUACAAAGAUGAGCCUGUCUUCGGCCGCAAUCUCUCCGAGGUGGUGCCGGCGGACGCGAACCCGCGCGUCCCGCUGUUCGUGGUCGCCUGCAUCAAGGAGAUCGAGAGCAACGAGGAGAACAUGUGCACCGACGGGCUGUACAGGGCCAGUGGGAACCUGAGUCAGGUGCAGAAGAUACGGCUGGAUAUUGAUCAGAACAAGCUGUCGUCGAUUGAGGAGAACGCAGACAUCCACGUGCUGACCGGAUCAUUGAAGCUCUUCUUCAGGGAGCUGAAGGAGCCGCUUAUACCCUGCAAUAUGUUCGACAGGGUGCUGGCAGCUUGCUCAAUAAAACCAAGAGAAGCGAAAAUCAAAGAGUUCCGUGAUAUAGUGAACUCACUACCGCCGUGCAACCGAGACACACUGAAAUACCUUCUGGAACAUCUAUUAAGAGUAACAAAGUACAGCGAGCGUAAUCGAAUGCACACAGCGAACCUCGCAAUAGUGUUCGGCCCCACGUUACUCUGGGCGCCCGCCGAGCAGGCGCACAACAUCGCGAUAGACUGCAUCCAGCAGAACAACGUCGUCGACACACUCCUCACCGAGUUCAACGAGAUCUUCGCGGAAGAAGGCAAGGCUAGGAGGAAGUCGUGACUCGGACUUUAUAGGAAACGAGUCUGAAAGCCCUUUGAGUUUUAGAUGGUCUAACUAUGGACUGUUUCUAUCUAUUCAGAUACUUACUGGCUGUGACCAAAAAAGGAUUUUGGCCUCUGAUAAAAGAGAACGCCACUCUGCCAUGUUCUACGCCACUUCCAGUUGGGUAUUCCGAGGCUCAGGUCUUUUAAGUAUCGUCACUCCAUCGGUAUCUAAAAUGCAGAUAGUGCAUCUAAAAUGAAAAAGUCUUAAGGGCUUGAUGAUCAGUUUGAAAUAACUUUAGAAACUUUCUUUGAAGAAAAAAUACUAGGCCCUCAUAGACAGUAGGAUCCUGGAAGUGGUCCUGCAAAAUCUAUGUGAUAUGGACUGAAAUGGGCCGUCUAUAACUUGUAAAAUGGUGUCAGCUUUAGGUCAACGUGCCAAAUGUUGAUGACCAAAGCGAUUGAUCAAAGUGGCGUUAUGGCUAAUUUGUGAUUAUGUAUGACCUUCUACGGGUAAAGGUACUUUAUGGUAGUCGGCGCUUCAAUAAUCGUCGUUAUUAAUACCAUAAGCGCCGACUGCCAUAAAGGUACCUUUACUCGUGGAACGUCACAUUUUACUCUGAAUUCUUUAUUGAUUAUUUGCCGUCCAAAGUAAAAUUUAAUUGCCAUAAUUGAUAGAUAGUUUUUCAAUGCAUGUUAUGCGAAAUACAAGUAAUUACAACGAGUGUUAAUAUAAAAAUAUAUUAUUUAAAUUACUCGUACAUACAUUACCUAUAUUGUAUUAGAUUUUUCCAUAAGUUAGUCAUAACGUCACAAUUAUUUAUGAAUUAAAUAUCUCUAGUUGAUGUAAUAUCAAUAGUUUCAACUUUAUGUAACAUAUUGAAUGCAUGUAGAAAACUACGUAGUCUAAACAUGUAUAUAUAUGUGAUAUAGCUAUUUACUGUGAACUAGAUAUUGGCCUUGAUAAAUAACUAAAUUAUUGAUACGACAAAGUAGAAGAUGAACUUUUUUAAGUCCUUUAAAAUGAUUGAUAGAAAAUUCAAUUGAUCUCCGCUUAAACGUUGAUUCUGUAAUAUGAUAACAGGGACAGGCAUUACAAUCACGGGGAUAUAAGUUCUUUUUCAAUUAGACUGUUAGAAAAGAGAUUUUAAAAAGCCCUGGAUACUUGUAAUCAGAUAUAAUUCACGAAAAGUAUAGUUUUGGAUAAUGUUAUAUGAAAGUUUAAGGAACAAAAAAUAUAGUUUAUGAAAUGUAAUGUAGUAGUUUCAAGCAUUACUAAACGUCAAAGAGAAUUUGAAAUAGACGUGGAUUGCCAAACAAAAUUUUGUAGCCACAGUAAAUUUACUGCCAUCUUUCGACACAUGAUUAAAACUUAUAGAACGCCAUUUGACUUUGAUCCUUAUUCUUUCACCGUCAAGUGGCGCCAUCUUACCGGGCAUCGGCUAAAGGUUGUGACCUUUGGUCUAUUAGAUGGCGCCUCUUUUUGAUAUUUAACAAAUUUAACGCAUAUUAGUAAGGAUAAGGAUCAAAGUCAAAUGGCGUCCUAAAUGUUUUAAUCAUGUAUCGACAGAUGGCACUAAAUUUACUGUGGCUACAAAGUUUUUUUGACAGUCCACCUCAAUUUCAAAUUCUCUCUGCUAAACAUAUAAUAAGGAAAGUUGAAUUCCACUAAGGUGUGGUCAUUGCUGUCGAUGCGGUGUUGUAAUCGUCAAAUAAUUAUGUUUCAAAGACUGUGGGACUUGAAAAGAUAAUAUAAUUAUAUGGAACAAUUUAAUUUAACAUAAACUUAUAUUUUUGGGUAACCCUGUAAAUAUCCAUUAUUAUAUUUAGAGCAAGUGGUCAUUUUUUACAGCAAAUAUAAAUAAAAUUAACUAACAAGGAAAGGUACCCAACUGUCCGGUUCCGAUUUGAUUUAUAUUUAUAUAUGUUAUAGAGUAGUCUAAAAUAACGGACACGUAUUUUUUUUAGCUGCCCAAACUCAACCUAUUGGGAGAAAUUGUCCUCCAAAGUACUAAAAAGUUACUAAAUCUUCUAACUCCUAUAGAAAGUGAUGCUCGAGCAACUUGCUAGUUAAUGGCUUAUUUGAGUAUAUGUUUAAGAACAGUACCCCUAGUGUAAAUAAAUUCGAUUUCCAAACGUGACGUACGCGUUUGCGUUUAGUCUCAUUUUGUAUUGGAUUUCGAAAGAGCGCGCCAAGCGGGACGUUUUGGAACCUCAAAAUCCUAUACAAAAUGAGACUUAACGCAAACGCGUUCGUCACGUUAUGAUGUCGAUCAAAGUUACACUAGGGGUACAGGAAAAAAAUGUAAACGUGUUUUGUUAUAUAAAAUACGUGUCCGUUAUUUUAGACUACUCUAUAACAUACAUAAAUAUAAAUCAAGUCGGAACCGGACAGUUGGGUACCUUUCCUUGUAAGUCCCACGGUAACCUCAAGAAGGCUUGUGUUGUGGGUAUUCAGACAACGAUAUAUAUAAUACAUAGAAAAUACCCCUGACAUGGGAAUAAAUAUCUGUGUUCAUCACACAAAUAAAUGCCCUUACCGGGAUUUGAAGCAGGGUCAUGGGUGUUUUUUAUGUAUAUAAGUAUGUAUUUAUGUAUAUACGUAUGUAUACCAUCGACUAGUACAGGCUUUGCUUCGUUUGGGGCUAAGUCGAUCUGUGUAUGAUUGUCCCCAUAUAUUUAUUUAUUUAUAUUUAUUUAUCUUCGUACCACUAGCUCUCAGUGUACCUAUAGUCGAAGUCAUAAAUAUCUAUACAUUUAUUCAGCUUAAUCUAUGGAUUUGUUAAGUUGAAAAUAUAUACUUAUGACCUUGGCAUUAUUACUUGUAGGCUUGAAGCCAAUCUGUAUCGUGUGCCUUAAGCUGCAUGUGUAAAUAUUCAUCUUGGAUGAAAUCUUAUGUGAUAAAAGGAUGUUGUUUGUUUAUUCAUGAUUAAUUUGGGAAGGUUAUGUUGUAACCCUCUUGUUAACCCUUUGGUUUUGGGGAGAGAACGUGUUAACUAGUCUAAGUCAUUUAGAGUAAAGGAAGUAUACAUCGUUUCAAAAAAACUAUUCAUUUCAAAUCAAUUAAAAUUAUUUAUUUCAGAGUACAUGCCCAUAGAUAAGAUACAAAUACAAAUAAAAAUACAUGUCAACGACUAAAAAAAACAUUAAUUACAAGAAAAUUCAAUACUAUGUCAAAAACAAGAAUAUUAAAAAGAAGAAAUACAUCAAAACAAUAGAUUAAAAUUACAAUACAAUAAAUUAAAAUAACAAUUACUGUCUGAAUAAAAUUACUAUUACACACUUAACACAAUAUUGUACACUGUGCCUAUAGAACUCAUAUGUAUUGUUGUCUGUUUUAUGUUGUUGAUACCAGUGGUAUUACAUUAUUUUUGAUGUUCAUCAUGUUAUAAUAUAUAACGACCCGCCCCGACUUCGCACGGGUUAACCUUAACAAAUUAUGCACCCUUCCUCAAGAAUCACUCUAUUAAUAAGUGAUAAUCCUAUGAAAAUCGUUCGUUCUUGAGUUUGUCGGGAACAUACAGACAAACAGACGCGAAGGGGGGACUUUUUUUAUAAGUUGUAGUGAUUUUUCAAUAUCACAAAAUAUGUUUUUAUGCUUUCUCUCCGUCGUACAUGUUAUCGUAUAAGUAUAUAUAUAUUAUCCGUCAUAAAAUGGUAUGUCUUAUAUUUCUUUGUUUUUCGCUGGACACAGAUUUUGUGGUCUUGUAUAAUAUUUAGUUAUUUGAAACGAAGUAUACUUCAUAAAAUAGCCUCAUUCAAACAUAUUUCAGCAUAUAUGUUUCUGAAUACGUCACUUUUAAGAUUUUUUGUAUUAUAAAAAAAAACUAUUGAUUCUUAUUUAUGUUAUGAUUCAAAAGUAACUAAUACAUCGUGUAUUUAAAAAUAGGUUUAGGGUACGUUCUUAAAAUUCAAACCCAUUUUUUUCCGAUAUCAUACUGGUUAUCGAAAGCACUAAGGAUCAAAGUUGUAAAUAAGUGUCAAUUUAUAGUUAUAUAGCCCCUCUACACAAUGGCCCAGCGCUGGACCAGCUAGAUGGCCAUGCGAUGGUUGAGAGCACGCACUAUGGAAUGGGCCACGUACGCAUCGCUGGCCCAUUACCUUUGAAAUGCGGACGAAAACCCGACACCGUGGCAUCCCAUCGCCAUCCCGUCGCGACAUCCACUACCCUCUCUACACGCUGGCCCAUCUUAGUGGGCCAGUAUGAUGGCCCAUCGUGUAAAGGAGCCAUUACAGUAAUCUGAUCCUAUGUGGACUGAUUGUCAUGUAUAUGAGUAUAUUAUAUAUUUAAGGAUAUUUGUCGAGUGAUUGUAUAUCUGAAAUACUCAGAAAUGUAACACCAAUGUAGAUCGAAUACUGAAGUUAAGCUAGGUACCAAAGUUUUAUAUUUUCGGCCGAUAGGUGAUAUAUGACUAUAUUUACUGUUUUAGAAAGCCAAUGCUUAAACUAGAGAAUGAAGUUACAUAAAAUAAAAAUUCACCUAUUUUA